AUGAAUUCCUCAGAAUUUGAUCAAUAUGUGCCAUCCGCGUCUUUGCCCUAUCGCAAAGGUGACUUUGAGAAGUUCAAAGUGGCUCUGGCCAAGGUCCUAUUUAGUAUGUUCAAUCAUGCCAUCUUUCACUGCGGCCUUCAGGCGAAAAUCUAUUGGAAAAAUAGCAUAAGUACUCCCUGCAGCAGCGAGCUGGGUUUCAACUCUUCAGGCAACCGCACUGCGCGUAUUCUGCUGUGGAAGCACAUCAAUCAACCGGGCAUGCUUAUAAAGCCACUGCUGCAUGAGAUGUGCCAUGUGGCGGCCUUUGUCUUUAACCGUGAGACAGGACAUGGCGACAACUGCCGCAAAUGGGCCUACCAAGCAAAGAGCCUGAUACCAAAGCUGGCAUUGAAUAGUGACUGCGAUGCCAGCUAUAAAUAUUCCUGCACGCUCUGCGCCCGUUGCUCCUAUGGCCUGGUAACGUUUGAAAACGAGGCGGAGCUACUCCGGUGUCAGUACUGCCAGUUUGAGGUGAACGUAGAGCGUUGGCGCAUCACUGACACACAGAAAAUCUGGCGUCCCAAUCAGUUCAACACCCCAUUCAAGACUUUUGUUCGUGAGAAUUACCUGCUGGUCAAUAAUGUGGAUACGCACAGCGCCAAAAUGCAAAUUCUAAAUCGAAAUUUUAUGGACAGAGAAACCACAUAAUUUAAUGAUUCCUUUCCUAUAGUUAAUCUUAGCUAGUUUCAAUGCUAAUUAUACACAUACAUAUUUACCAUUACAUAUCAAUUUUUUGUUAUUCUGCAGUCGUUGUUGUUUAGAGGUGGAGAGCUAUCGAUGGCACUAUCGCUGGUUUGGCACUA